UCUAGUUGGAACCUGUUUUGAGGACAAAAGGUGGUUGGUGUUUUCGGUGCAGGUACCCCGUCCUGCCCACUGGACCUAUUUUUUGGAGACAAUGUCUGGAAGCUUCUACUUUGUAAUUGUAGGACAUCAUGAUAAUCCAGUCUUUGAAAUGGAAUUUUUACCAGCUGGAAAAGUGGAAUCUAAGAAUGUGAUGUACUUAACUAUUUUACAUAUGAGAUUUAUUAUGCUUCAUGAUGUAAGACAAGAAGAUGGAAUAAAGAACUUCUUUAGUGAUGUCUAUGAUUUAUAUAUAAAGUUUGCAAUGAAUCCAUUUUAUGAACCAAAUUCACCCAUUCGAUCAAGUGCAUUUGACAGAAAAGUUCAAUUUCUUGGGAAGAAACACCUUCUAAGCUGAAUACAGAUAAUUCUUAAAUACGGAUGUCAAUAUGCAUUGUAAGUAGCUAAGAGCCAAUCAAGUCUACUAUGUCUAGUCUGGGCUCUUUAGGCCUCUGUAAAUUAACCUCCUUUCUAGUUAGAAAGAUAAGUCACCUUUUCUUGUCAUUGUUACUGAUGAUCCAAUCAAAAUAACAUACUUUUGAAAAGUACCAUAUUUAUAUAGAAUGCUAGAUGAAGUGCCCAGACAAUUUUUUCGCUUUAAAAAUUGGACUUUAUUCUGACUACUCUAAUAUUGUCUUAAUUUGAACUGUAAAUUAGCAAAUGUUAUAAUGUUGAUUUGGUUGACAUCUCUUAAACUGAAAUAAUAUAAGUUGGCUCACAAUAUGAAGUACAAUUUGCAGCAUAAACAUGUAAUUUUUAUUUAUAAAUUUCUAAAGCUAUUUAGGCAAUAUUCAUACUGCUGAAGAAAAGUUUUUUUUGUCAAAUUUUGAAGUAGGUAUUUAUCUGAUAGCAUUGAGUAUUUUAAGUAGUCUGGUGCAAUAGUACCAAAAAGACAGAGAAUGGAUAGAAACCUGACUAUAAAUAAAAUGAAGUUGUUGCUGAGACCAAAAGUUAACUGUAAACAAUAUACCUUUGCAUAAUCUUUUAUCAUUGUUAUUUAUUUGGAAUCUUAGGCUAUGUUGCAAUGUUUUCUUUUUCAAUAAGAAUAGCAAGAAUGACUGUAUUUCCUUUUGAUAAGUUUCAUGCUUUUAUAAAGGUAUUUCAGUUAUUUGCAUAUUUUAGCUUUCAAGAAUAUCCUCAAUCAAAUUAAAGUUUGGCAGUCUAAUAAUAAACACAUAGGCUCUAACUAGGAAAGUUGACUGGAGGGGGUUGCAUUGAAUGUUUGUGGACUUGAGUGUAUCUUUUUGCAUUGUAGUAUGUAUAGAAUCUUAUUCUGUAAAUUAUGUAUUAUGUUUAUAAAACUGAUAUGAUCAUAAACAAAUAGUUCCUGAAAAAAACUGAUGUUUAGAAAAAUGUUACUGAAUUCAGUAUAAUAAAAAGGAAUGCUAAGUUUUAA